AUGAUUGGGGAGCUAUGCACCGAUAUUUCAAACAGGAUAGGUUCAUUUGUUGAACAGUGGGGGCAAAUAGAGAUUGAUGAAUCCAGUUCUUGGCAUGGCCAGAAUAGAUUACGCAAAAGGCAGAGGAGAAUUGGAAGUGAUGAGGGUAGAUGCGACGACGAGGAUGAUGAAGAUGACGAUGAUUAUAAAGGUGAAUCUGAAGAUGAGGAGGACAGUGACGAUGACAACAUUGAUGAUGAUGAGGAUGAAGAUGAAGACAACCAUGGGAAUGGAAACAAUGAUGGUGACAGAGCUUCAGAACCUGGGUCUGGCCUUGGUGGUGAGGAUGAGGCAGCUAACAACAAUGGCAGCCAUCAGCACACAACGCCAAGAAGAUCUGCUAGGUUGACACCCACCAAGAGAAAUGAAGGGCCUGCAGGCAACUUAAGGAAGAGGUGCACGGAUAACAACGGUGAUUCCAAUGCAGAUCUGUCAUUCCAGGGUUUGAAUUUGUUGUCAAGUACUGCGGAGAAAGAACAGUCUGCAGGGAUACAUGCAGAGAAAGAUAGUUGUACAAGAGGCACAUCCACAACACCAGGCCUGAGUCCAUUCUCAGAUUUGAGAGAGUAUACUGCUGCAGGGGAGAAAAGUGGCAUUGACAUGAGAAACAGCGAGCCAACUGAGUUGUUUAAUGCACAGGGAAAGAGGUGUGCCCGGAAUACAUUGAUGGACAAGUUUAGCAGUGCAUGUCAGUCUCCUACAAGCUCAGAACCGAUAGAUCAGUUUGCUAGGGAUGAUGCAAUACAGAAGUUAACUCAAGAGUUCAUAGGGUUGGGAAAUUUGGAAAAAAAAGAUGAAAUAACAAGAAAUAUGACAGUGAAGAAAAAGGUUGUAGUGCACCGUGGUCGGCCAGUAGAUUUUGAGUUCAGUUCACAGAUUGCAGCCCGAAACAGGCAUAGCUCCAUCAUUCGCUCGAUCUACAACUGA